AUGGCCGGCUCCGGACCCCGCCUUCCGGGGACCCCCCUGGAACCAGACCCUUCCGGGGGCCCUGCCUGGACCCCUGCCGCUGUGGGCGGCCUCCGGGCCGCAUUCUCCAGGUCGCUGUUCUUUGCCCCCCUCCAGAGCCUCAAAGGCUGGGACCACAUGUUCACGCUGGACUUCUGGACCAUCAUGGACAACCGCAACCACAGCUCCGUGCCCCCCUCGGUGCGGGUGACGCACCGUGUGGCCUCGGCAGCGACCACUCUGCGGUGUCAGGCUCUGAGCUUCUACCCCCCCAACGUCACCAUGACGUGGCUGAAGGACCGGCAACCCCUGGACGCCAAGGACGCGGAGCCCAUGGACCUGCUGCCCAACGGGGACGGGACCUACCAGGCCCAGGUGGCCCUGGCCGUGCCCCCUGGGGAGGAGCAGAGAUAUGCCUGCCAGGUGCAGCACCCCGGCCUGGAGCAGCCCCUCACUGCCACCUGGGAGCCCUCCAUGUCGGGCGCCCUGGUCUUUGGCGUCAUCUGCGGGACCCUCAUGAGUGUCAUCAUCGUCAUCUUCUUCACUGGGGUUUUGUUCAGAUUCCUGCGGAGGAGGCAGGCUUCCCGAAGGACCCUGGGGAGCUAUGUCCUCGCCGACCGUGAAUGAGGGGCAGCCUGCAGACCCCGUGGGAAGGAGCCGGUAGGAGACUCAGGGCGGGCGCCCGGGUGACCUUGGUGCUGGAGGACAGCCUGCACCCGCAGAUGGGAGCCGGCCCAGGAACCCCAGCUCUCUGCAGUCCCCCGAUUAGGUUUUGGUUCCUACCUGCCGACACCCUGCGGCUCUGUAGGUCCCAGGCUGCAGGGGAGCCUGCCUCGGUUUCCCGCCCCUGCGACUCCACGCGCCGGCUCAUCUCAGCUCCUUCCUCCGCAGCGAGGCUCCUGAAGUUUGCUGGACUCGGGAUUCUCUGGAAGCUGCGAGCAAAGCCUGCGGCUUCUCUCAGGGCAUCCGUCCUCCUACCGCGAAUGUGCGCAGGUGCACGCACUUCCCGGACCCGUUUCCUUUCGAUCCUCCCCGUCUCUGUCCUCCAGUGGCCCCUCUGUCCCCGCCCUCUGGUCUCCUGUAUGGAGAGGGACCAGGGUCCUUACACCGGCCCUUGACCACGAAUGAAACACGCGGCCCUUUGGUGCAAGGGGUGACGCUCUAACCACUCAACAACACUGGCCAGGGCUGGCCUGUGCUUUCUUGCUGCUGCUGCAUAUAUUUGGUUGCAAAGCCGUGGCACCAAGCCUUCUGUCUCAGAGGGCAGGUACCUCACGAGAUCAAAUAUAGCUCAAAAGUGUGCUGGUAGGUACUCAAUUUGGGCAAAGAGAUCUCAACUAUUUUUUUUCAGUUGGAUAAAGAUACAUGUACCAUGUGCUUGCUAUAGAAACGUUGAAAAGAAAUUAACCUGAAACUAUCAUUCCACUAGCCAAUGAUAAUCUCUAUGAAUCAUGUGUGCUCCUCAGUCUUAUUGCUGUAGGAAAAUAUAAAAAGCAUCCAGUGCACAUAUUUUAAUAAAUGCAUGAUGAAUUGUGU